GUUAACAAUUCUCAGUAGUAAUUGCAUAUCACAAAUACAUUAAUUCCGCAAUUAAAUGCAAAGGUGAAGCGCAAUCAGUUGCAAAGCAUUUGCCACGAACAAAGAGACUGUGACCAAGAAGCACGAUGCUGCGGGCGAUAGGCAAGCGGGACAGGGACAUCUUCGAGGAAGUUUGGCCGGAGAAAAGGAAAAUUGUACUGAAGCUGCUGCGGCAGGAGACAGUGUCGCAACUCGAAUGGCAGGAUCUCUUCUUUGGCGUGCAUUUUGUGUGCUUGUGGGAUGAAAAAGGUGCUGCAAAAAUCUAUGAAGGACUGCAGCAGGAUAUUGUUGAGUUUAUAGUCCAGGCGCAGUCCAAGGUGCAGGCUCAGCGCGGCGAGCAGGCGUUAUUGGCUACCUAUAUAGUUGAAUGGCGCAAAUUUUUCACACAGUCCAAUUACCUGCCGCUGCCCUUUCGUCAGCUGGAACAAUCACCGCAAGUGAAGCCCUCGUCUAGCUCCACUGGGGGAUCAUCAUCAAAUGCCGGCGGUGGCAAUUCAAGCUCAAGUACAGCCGCCUGCGCUAGUACCAAUCAGGCCUCGUCCAGCAGUUCCUCAGCAAAAGCAUCAACAUCAUCGGCGGCUAUUACAGCUGGCGGCGCCUCAACCAGUGCUAAUGCUGCCAGCAAUUCAAAUACGGCCGCAAACAAUUCGAAGAAAAGUCCUACGGAGGACAGUCCAGUGCGCAAGCUCAUGCUUGAUUCGUGGAACAAGCACAUAUUUCGUGAUAUCAAGGAUCGGCUGCAGGAGUCUGCAAUGAAGAUUGUGCACGCCGAACGUAAUGGCGAUGCCUACGAUGCUCAGCUAGUGGUGGGUGUGCGCGAAAGCUACGUGAAUUUAUCCUCAAAUGCCGAGGACAAACUGGAAAUCUAUCGCGAGAACUUUGAGAAGGCCUAUCUAAAGGCCACAGCGGACUUUUAUCGCUUAAAGUCAGCGGAACAGCAGCAGGAGAACGGCGUGUUGGCGUACAUGAAGUACGCGGAUUCCAAGUUGCGUGAGGAGGAGAUACGCGCUAAGCGUUAUCUAGAGCCCAGCAGCUUUAACAUACUCACCUCACGUCUUGUCAAAGUGCUCAUUGUGGAUCAUUUGAAUUCAAUCAUAGCCGAAUGUCCAGCGCUUAUACGUGACUAUGAAACGGAGCGAUUGAAUCUUAUGUUUCGUCUGUUGGAUCGCGUUGUAGAUGGCGAGGGCGUUGAGGCCAUGAUGGGCGAUCUGCAGCGUCAUAUUAAAUCCGCUGGCCUGGCUGAUAUGCAGUCUGCCUCGGAGAUUAUAACGCAGGAUUCGGAAAAGUAUGUGGAACGUUUGCUGGAGCUGUUUAACAAAUUCAGCGAUCUGGUGCACAAUGCCUUCAAUGAUGAUCCGCGCUUCCUCACCGCCCGCGACAUCGCCUUCAAAAUGGUGGUCAAUGACACCAGUGUGUUCAAAAUGGAGCUGCCCACAAGCAUUGCCAAUCGUGGCGUCAAGUACACUGCACCCGAAAGUAAGUGUCCUGAGCUCUUAGCCAACUACUGCGACAUGCUGCUGCGACGUACGCCGCUGAGCAAGCGCCUGACCAGCGAACAAAUCGAUGCACGUCUACGCGAUGUGCUGCUCGUGCUCAAGUAUGUGAACAACAAGGAUGUCUUUAUGCGCUAUCACAAAGUGCACUUAACGCGUCGCCUAAUAUUGGGCACCAGCGCCGACAGCGAAAAGGAGGAGGACAUUGUUGAGUGGCUACGUGAAGUGGGCAUGCCGGCAGACUAUGUCAACAGACUGGCGCGCAUGUUCCAGGAUAUCAAGGUCAGCGAGGAUCUGAAUACUCAAUUCCGCAAUUCGAUAAGCCGACAUGAUGCCAUUAAUAUCAAAAUACUCAAUGCUGGCGCUUGGGCACGCUGCUCGGAACGUGUAUCCGUUUCGCUGCCCAUCGAACUGGAGGACUAUAUACCCGAUGUGGAAGAGUUCUAUAAGAAAAAACAUUCCGGCCGCAAACUUCAAUGGUAUCAUCACAUGAGCAAUGGCACUAUAACAUUUGUGAACAAUUUUGGUCGCUACGAUCUGGAUGUGACCACCUUUCAAAUGGCUGUGCUCUUUGCGUGGAAUCAACGGCAGCACGACAAGAUCUCCUAUGAGAAUCUGCGCCUUGCAACAGAGCUGCCAGACCCAGAGCUGAGACGCACGUUAUGGUCGCUAGUGGCUUUUCCCAAGAUUAAAAAGCAAAUAUUGCUAAUGGAACCAACGGCCAUUGGCUCGCCCAAAGACUUUGCCGAGAACACAAUGUUCUAUAUCAAUCAGGAGUUUGCCAUAGUCAAGAAUGGCAAAUCCCAACGUCGUGGCAAGUUAAAUCUCAUUGGACGCCUGCAAUUGAGCACGGAACGUUCGCAGCAGGAGGAUAAUCAAUCCAUCGUACAGUUGCGCAUUUUGCGCACCCAGGAGGCCAUUAUAAAGAUUAUGAAGGUGCGCAAGCGCAUGAACAAUGCAGCGCUGCAGGCUGAGCUUAUUGAUAUACUAAAGAACAUGUUCCUGCCAUCGAAAAAAAUGAUUAAGGAGCAGCUGGAAUGGCUCAUCGAGCAUAAGUAUAUGCGACGCGAUGAUGACGAUAUCAACAUGUUUAUAUAUGUUGCCUAAGUUGCCGCUGCGUCCUUGCCCCCCUCUAACAAUACCAUUCCCUACACUCUCCCACAAUGUGUUGCAAGUGCUUUAAGCACGUUGCUUGGUUCUCAACUCUUUCUCACAGUCAUUCUAACAAAUGUGUCCUUUGUCUGUUGACAUUUGCGUCCUGGGCUGCAUUUUAAUAUAACCCUUUUUAUAAACUCAUAUAUUUUGUAUUCUGUGUAUUUUUUUUUCUGUAAUUAUUUAAUUAUUAUGUUCAGUUUCAGUUUAAGCAUCCAAGUAUAUUCUUUGUAUGUAGCCUGCCUAAAUGUUUUCUUAGUCAUUGUUUACGUUGUGUUUAUUAUUUUACGCGUUAUUGCUUAGAUACUAUUGUAAAGUCCACCACAAAAACAAUCACACUCACGUAUAAAUUGAAAUGUGCACUCAACUUAUCUAGGAAUUUGAAUCCUGUAUAGUUAAGUUUAAUCUUUGUACAAGUUGAAUCUCUUGGCAGACACACACAUACACGAAGGCGAAACUAAAACUAGAAUAGCAAUAUUAUCUAUGGUUAAGUUAAUGAAAUUAUAAAGC